AUAGAAAGCGGAAAAGAGGUGUUGCUGUUGCCUGGGAAACCUGGGACGUCAUUAUGUGUAAAAGAGAAGACCAGUUCAGUUUCAUCCCUGUUCAGAGCUGCAGACAGUCCUGACAGACAAAAGGCUAAAGUCAUGGAUAACUGUGAUUUAGAGAAACUCUCAAUCUCUGCUGGGAAGCUAAAUCCAGCCUUCUCACCACAGGUUACAGACUAUAAAGUGACAGUGGAGAGCAGGGUCAGCAAAGUCACCCUGGACCUGAGCACCAGUGAUUGUGGAGCAUCAUACAGCAUUCUGUCUGGUGACCGUUCCAGCACUGUUAAACUGAAGGAUGGGUUGAACAGAGUAGAUAUUGAAGUGGUUGCUGAGGAUGGGACGGUGAAGAAAUACAGUGUGGAAAUCACUAAGCUAUCAGGAAAAAUUGCAGAGCUCACUGAUCUGUCUGUAGAAGGGGAUUUUCCACUGAAUCCAGCCUUUACCACUAAAGUCCAUGGAUACAGCAGUUUUGUCCCAUUUUACUGCAAUGUUGUGACACUUGUUGUCAAGGUCCCAGACAGCCUUAUUAAAGUGACAGUAAAUGGAAAGAGCAGCUCUCAGCCUGUGCCACUGCAUUUUGGGGACACUAUGGUGGAGGUCUCUGUCUGCUCAGCAGAUGGCAGUGUUUCACAGAUGUACACUGUGCUGGUGACACGGGAGCUGCUUCCCAUGGCUGUGACCUUCACUGAAGGGAAAAAGCAGCUGGAUUAUGAGUGCCCUGUAUCCCUCAGCGCUCUGUACAGACCCAUGUCUGUCCACCACAGUAACCCAAAGAGCAUCUUCUCCAAGCCUUACAUUGAGUUGCUGGCCCGGCGAUCACGGGUCGACCCACUUAGCGGCUGUCCUCUGGGAGAUUGCUGGAAGGUCCCUGAGUUGGAGCUUGAUAAAAAGAUGUCAGCAGCUAUGGUCCGGUGUUUUUUUCAUUACCGAGGAUGCGACAGCGUGAUGCAACUAUCUGAGCUCGGGCCGCACACCCUGGACUGUCCACUCCAACCCACAGGGGACCUGGAUGCAAAGGAUGUGACAGAAACCAACUGGUAUAAGCAGCACUUUCUAACAUCUGGAGGUUUGGAGAUGGAAACCAAGCAUGUUUAUAAGGUGCGUAGCUGGGAGAAAAGACUCCGAAUGGCAGGAGAGGAUCACUGUGUGGAUAAACUUUGUGCUCUGGCUGAGGAGCAUCUCAGCUGCUACCGCCAACAUCUACCUAAACAAGGGGACCAGUUAAAGCAGGAGAAUAUGGAGUGUCUUCUGCACAGCCUGGAGCAGGCGGCUGCUUGUUACGCAUCGGCUAUCCCACUAAGUCCCAGAAAUGCCAAGCUCCACUUCCUGCUCGGCCUCGUUUUGGAGGAGCAGCAUAACUCCUUGGAGAUUUACAGCCUUCACAGAAAGGGUUAUAAGGAUAGUGAGGAGUUAAGUGAUGCCAAAUCAUCCGCCUAUCAGGAUGAGAUUCUGGCAGUGUGUAAGCUGCAUGGUUUCUUUGGCACGCCCACUGUGGAGAACCAGCUGCGGGCCUUGGAUAAGGAGUACCACCUGCUGAGACAGCAAGGACAGUCCAACAAAUCAGACUACAUACAGACCCUUUACAUCUGGCUGUCCAAGAAUGCUGGGAAGAAUCGCAAUGCAGGGAUUCAAGAUGAGGAGAGUUACAUAUAUCGAGCCUUAAUGAAGCACCUGGACGCCUGGUCUCUGAGUCCCGACAGCUGGGAGUUCAGCCUCCAUGUAGGAAGACUUCUGCUGCUUCAGGGGAGAAGCAGGGAAGCUCUACAGCACCUUCAGACCGGGCUGGCGCUGCACCCCCUGCACCCUGCACUUAGAUUCUUCACAGGACUGGCUCUGUUGCAGCAGGAGGAGAAAGCUUGUGAGGUUACAGAGAAGGAGGCUGCUCUAUUCUUACAUCAGGGACUGGAGCACUUUGUCAGCCAACGCUGUAGCAAGAGUCAGAAGAAGCAGCGCAUGUUAGACCCCCUCUGCAGCCUGAACGCCCAGUUUCUGCGUGGGCUGCUGGCCCUUGGGCAGCUGCAGCAGAAGAGCAUGCUGUCUGAGAAGUCCAUGACUCCUGAGCAGGUUUAUCACACUGUAGCAGUGCUGGCUGCCCAGAGUGUGAGUCAGUGCGUGUGUCACAGCGAGGUGAGCAAGCAGCUGGAGUGGGUGCUGCUGGAUGCUCACUUUGCCCUGCUGCAGAGACUGAUCCAGCUGCGUGAACGCCAAACUCAGGCAGCCAUCGACCAGCCCUCCUUGGUGGCCAAGAGGUGUCAGGCCCUAACAGCUCUAAUCCGUCUGACCAGCAUCUCUCCCUGCCAAGAGCUGCUGGAUAUGCAGGAGAGGACUUGUCAGCUUGCAGUUGUCACCUUUCCACGUGACAGCCAUGCUCUAUGCCAGCUGGGUGUGGCCCAGCUGGCUCAAUAUGACAGCAACCUAAACUCAGAAAGGUCAAAUGAAGUCCUCAGCGAUGCCCGCCUCAGCUUCCAGGCUAGCAUUGAGCUGGAAGACAAAGCUCAAACUGGAGACCCACCUGAGCAGCUGAGUAAACAAAAGUGGUGGCAGGAGCAUCUGGAGGCGGAAAACAAGAAGGCAGCCACUCACCCCAGCACCCAGCCAAGCCAAGAGAAAGCCCAGAGUAGCAAUGACAUGAAAAAAAGAGCCACCAAGCAGGGUAGAGGAGGUCCAACUCAAGGACGAGCCUCUAUGUCCAAACCUCACCCAGGUCCCUCCAUCAGAGCAGGGAAGGCGGCUCAGCCUUCAACUAAAACUCUAACAGCCAAGGGGAGACCUGGUGCAGCCGCAAAACCAGCUAAAUCAGCUAAACCUCACAGCACCAAAUCCAAGCUCCCUGCAAACAGGUCUGAACAGGAUUGUAGUUCCAACACUUGUGUGACUGCAAAAGACUCGUCAGUAGGAAGCAGAGGCGGCGCCUUACAAACCCCAUUAAACCCAAGGUCCCAUGUGUCACGGCUGGGUCUGGCUAGGGCUCUCUCACGCUCUGCAGACACCAAGGAUCAGGCAAAGCAGCUCUACCAAGAGGUCAUCACCAUGGCACCAGGGAUCCAUGAUGCAUACAUUGAGCUGGUGGAGCUGCUGGAGCCCUCAGAUGCUCAGGCUGCGGUGGACGUGUAUCGCAGGUUCCCCCUGAAACUUGUGGCUGAGCAGAGUUUGGAUGACGCCUUCAUCAGUGGGGACAUCGUCCGUUUGCUGAUGUCACAGCAACAGUAUGACCACCCACAGCUUGGCCAGAGUCUGGUGGCAUAUGGCAGAGUCAUGGAGCUAAGUAAUUACUGUCAUAAUGAUCAAACCUGUAUGCCUUUUCAACUACUGAAAGAAUUCUAAAGCAAUACUAUUGGUAUAGCAGAUGAUGUAUGAAAAAAAUAAUCCUAAUCCCUAACUAAUUUUUCAUAUUUUGUCGAGCCAAAGCCACAAAUCUCUGAGUAUUUUAUGGGCCCUACUGCAUUUGUUGCACCUUUUCCGAUUAAAAUAACUUUGAACGCUUUUAGAACAAAAACUGCAAAUGUCAUAACCUUUAAUGCACCAUAUCUGGGACUUUACCCACAGGUUGCAUUGAGAAAUACAUCAACAUUUUGGAGGAGAAAUCCAAAACCGCACUGAUCAAGAGCGUCUAUGCAAAAAUCAACGACAAACAGGAAGACGAUCCAGAUCUGCAGAACUUCUUCAAAUUCAAAGGCUGGGUCUGACAACUGUUUAUUCUCCAUUUACCUGUUAUGGCACUUUCUUCUGUGCUUGAUUCAUAAAGAACUUUGCCUUUAUUGAACUGUGAUGUCAUAUAGUAUUUCAGUAAUGCCUGACGUUGGAAACUGAUGAAUCUCUUCAAGAACACUUUUAAUCUGAAAACAGGUUGCAGUGGGAAAAAAAAAAAAAUCAGAUCGAAACAGAAAACUAACAAACCCAACAUGAAAAUCCAGCCAACAGAGGUUUAUUAGUGAGCCUCAAACAUAAAUUAAUCUAGAUUAUAAACCUUGACAUCCCUGACAUGCAGGUGAAUAAUAUUGCUUAUACUAACUUGUAUAACUGUGUUCUGUAGGAUCAUAUUUUACACACACAUUCCUAGACUUGUCCUUCAACAAAAAAAAAUAAAAAAUGUUCCCCAUUUCACUUGAGGUGAACUCAUCCAACUGCCAAUGGUUGCAGAUGGAAACAGUUUGUGGCUUUUAAAAAAAAGAGUUUCAGAUGCUCCCAUUUGUCCCCCACCCCCCUUUGGUCCCUGUUUGUCACACAGAGUUGAGUUUUGUGACGAUGAGCACGCGGACAGACUGGUCGAAGCCAGAACACACGCAGAGUCCCUGCUUGUCGGGGCUCCAGUCCAAGCUGGCGAUCGGCUGAGUGGACAGAGUUACGUUCUGUAAGAGGUUGACGGUGCCAGCGACGCCCACCUCCACUCCAUCAGAGUCCUUCUUGCUCCUCUGUGCCGGAUACUCACUAGAAAUUUAAAAAAAGAAAACUGGAUUAAAAGCUACACCAGUAUUAUAAAA